AUGGAUUUGAGAGUAGGAAGAAAAUUUCGUAUUGGUAGGAAGAUAGGGAGCGGGUCGUUCGGUGAUAUUUAUCACGGGACAAACUUAAUUAGCGGCGAGGAAGUAGCUAUUAAGCUGGAGUCGAUCAGGUCCAGACACCCCCAAUUGGACUACGAGUCCCGUGUCUAUAGAUACUUGAGCGGUGGUGUGGGGAUUCCCUUCAUCAGGUGGUUUGGCAGGGAGGGCGAGUACAAUGCGAUGGUCAUUGACCUUCUGGGCCCAUCUUUGGAAGAUUUAUUCAACUACUGCCACAGAAGGUUUUCUUUCAAGACGGUUAUCAUGCUGGCUUUGCAGAUGUUUUGCCGCAUCCAGUAUAUACACGGGAGAUCGUUUAUUCACAGGGAUAUCAAACCAGACAACUUUCUGAUGGGCGUAGGGCGCCGUGGUAGCACCGUUCACGUUAUUGAUUUCGGUCUUUCGAAGAAGUACCGAGAUUUUAACACCCAUCGUCAUAUUCCUUACAGAGAAAACAAGUCCUUGACCGGUACAGCUCGUUAUGCAAGCGUCAAUACACACCUUGGAAUAGAGCAAAGUAGAAGAGAUGACCUAGAAUCACUGGGUUAUGUCCUGAUCUAUUUCUGUAAGGGUUCCCUACCAUGGCAAGGUUUGAAGGCCACCACCAAGAAGCAAAAGUACGACCGUAUUAUGGAGAAAAAACUGAACGUUAGCGUGGAAACGUUAUGUUCAGGCUUACCCUUGGAGUUUCAAGAAUACAUGUCCUACUGUAAGAAUUUGAAAUUUGAUGAGAAGCCAGAUUAUUUAUUCUUAGCAAGGCUGUUCAAAGAUUUGAGUAUCAAGCUAGAGUACCAUAACGAUCACUUGUUCGAUUGGACAAUGUUGCGGUAUACAAAAGCAAUGGUGGAAAAGCAAAGAGACCUGCUCAUUGAAAAGGGUGAUUCGAGCGUAAGUAACAAUGCGGCGAGCGCAAACAAUAACGCAGACAACAAGUCCGAAACCUUCAACAAGAUUAAGCUGUUGGCUAUGAAGAAAUUCCCCACCCAUUUCCAUUACUAUAAAAACGAAGACAAACACAAUCCUUCACCAGAAGAAAUCAAACAGCAAACUGUUCUAAAUAAUAAUGCGGCCUCCUCAUUGCCAGAGGAGCUGCUAAACGCACUAGAUAAAGGUAUGGAAAACCUAAGACAACAACAGCCGCAACAGCAGGUUCAGAGUUCACAGCCGCAGCCGGAGCACCAACAGUUGCAGCAACAGUCAAGCGGUCAAAGGCCAAAUUAUUAUCCCGAACCAUUACUACAACAGCAACAAAGAAAUACUCAGGAGCAACAACAGCAAGUCCCCAUGGCUGCAACCAGGGCUACUCAGUAUCCUCCGCAAGUAAACGCCAAUAUUUUCAAUACUAACCAAGCAUCUGUACAACCUCAAAUGAGAUCUAAUUCACAGCAGCCACCUCAAGAUAAACCAGCUGGUCAGUCAAUUUGGUUGUAA